CUAAAGUGACAGGGAAAGGGAAAGGGAAAGCGGAAUUGCUCUGUAAACUGAGAGAAAAAUGGAAGAUGUGAUAACAGAAGGAGGAGGAGCAUCAAGGUUCUUAGAAGAAGACCUAAACAUAUUCACACCAAAAUCAACACCUCUCCCAUCACCAUUCAUAAUCUUCUCCCACACCCUAAACCAACCUCUCAAACCCAAACUACUCAUAAUCGCACUCUCUCCCUCAUCCCUCUCUCUCUUCCACAACUUCCCACACAAAACCCUCAUCGCUUCCCUCAUUCUCCCAGAACUCUCCCUCUCCCUUCCCCACAACACCGCCCUCAUCCACUCCCUCUCCCCCACCACCCUCCUCGCCACCCUCCCUUCCCCCGUCGCCUCCCACAGAGCCCGCGCCGUCGCCACCCUCCUCGUUGCCGACCCCAUCCGACCCGAAUCCGUACUCAUCCUCGACUCCAUUGACCCGCGUAACUUCCGCGGCAAGCUUUCGUCCGACGAAACAGUUGCGUUUAAGUUGGAGAGUUCUGCUGAGAGGAAGAUGAGUGACGGAGACAAGUUGUUGGGUGAUUUGGCGUAUUAUCCUUCUGGAAGCGUCGUGGAUGGGUUGGGUGCCGCGGUUCUUGCACGAUGUCAGGCUUUGAACGUUAGGGCUAGCUUGUGCGUUUCGUGGCCUCAGUUUGACUCGGCCGUCGUGUCGUUUAUAAAGGAUUUGCUACGGCGUGGCGUUUUGCGUGGUUGUGAGUUGGAUUUUGGUUUCAGUGAUGAGGUUAUGAAAUUCGGGAGGAGUGUGGAUCGGGGACAUCAGUCUGAGUUGUAUAUUUGAUUUGUGCUGCAUUUUUUUAUUAUGUGAGUGUCUUUAUGUGAUGUUAGGAUGUUCGUGUGGUUUAUGGUCGGUGACUUGAUAUGGUUGUUCUUAUUUGUUCUGGAUUUUGGUAUAUUUGAUUUUGGGCGCGUUUGGAAAUAUACCUGUACCAAGUAUUUAUUCAUAAGCUUAUACCAUAUAUUUGAUCAUACAACUUUUUGAAAUAAACCGAAAACAGCUUAUUCUGAUAAUAUAUAUACUGGAUAAGUUACGGAAAUAAGUUUAAAAGAGCAUAGCUUAUUGAAAAUAGCUGGAAAAAAGCUUGUGAGAGUUGUGAGCUAUGUCUGUAAGCGCUUCAUAAACUCUUCCAAACUAGGUGUUUAAUGAAAUUAACUUUGAACCUUUG